AUGGCGGAAAACGCACUCACCGGAGGCCGCGGUACGCCAAAAGCAUGGGCGGCCCUGCAACCCUUGAUGCCCCCCCUCCACACGGAUAGCGACUACUGGUGGAAGCUGUCGGGGCCCUGUCUGGCUACAUUGAUGGAAGCAGCCGGAUAUUCCGCCGAGAAGCAGUUCGAGGCCCUUGUCUUCCACUACCACUGGAUUAUACCCUACAUGGGCCCAGCGCCAUCAGUAGACGGCAAGCUCAAAUGGCCAUCCAUGUUCAGCAAGCUCAACGGCAUGCCCAUGACGUACUCGUGGAAAUGGAAUACGCCUACUGCGAAGCCCGAGGUCCGCUACACUCUCGAGGCGACCAACCUACUGAGCGGCAGCGAAAUGGAUCCACUAAACCAGGAUCCGACAAACGAGCUCCUGCGCCGCCUUCGAUCUGUGCUGCCUUCUCUCGAUCUCACAUGGAUGGACCAUUUCCUCUCAACUCUCUACGACGACGAUCGACAAAAGUACACUCUGGAAGCUGUUUCGGGGGCCAAGCUUGCGUCGACCACAUUGGUGUCUGCCGAGUUUGCACACAAGGGCUUGACCAUGAAGACGUGGUUUAUACCCCGUAAGCUGGGCUAUGACCAUGGCAAGAUCCCCAUGGAGCUUUGGGAACAGAGCCUCGCGCAGUUGGAUCCUGCAAACGCCGCUCGAGCCGCGGUAUAUGACUUUAUAAAGACCUCGUCCGAGGGGAAAAUGCUCAGCCCCUUGCGAUACAGCAUGCUUGGCGUUGAUAAUGUCACUCCAUCCAAGUCGCGUAUUAAAAUGUACUUUCGCACGCCGCACACGAGCUUCGCCUCUGUCCGGGAAGUCAUGACUUUGGGCGGUCGCAUUGCCUUUCCGGAAACCAAGAUGCAGGAACUGAAAAGCUUGGUUGCCGCCGUGGCUUGUCUGAACCCCGACUUUGAUGACAAUUCCGAGGUGCGGCCAACGCCUGGACAAGGUUCCGGUUCCAAAGGAAUUUCUUCCGAUCUGCCUGCGAUUCUAUCUGGAUUCAUCUACUAUUUCGACAUUGCGCCCGGCGGUACACUCCCUGACAUUAAGCUCUACAUUCAACAGCGAUAUCUCGGUCAAGAUGAUGCUUCCAUGGCCAACGGCGUCAUGAGUUGGAUGGAGAACCAUGGCAGAGGCCAGUUUUGCCAGAGUUGGAACGAACUGGGGAGCUUGAUAUAA